AAAAUAAAAAUAAAAAAAAAAAACACAACUGCCAAGUGGGCACUGCCGCUGCUGCCACUUUGUCAUAAAAUUCGCUUCUGUUGCGUUCUUCAACGAAUUUUUUUACAGAAGUUUAAUUUUGGGCAUUUUUGUUGAGCUUAAAACGAUUGGCUUUAAAUUAUCGCUACACACAAAAAGCAAUAAAUAAUGUAAGAACGAUGGCUUAACGCAACAAGUAGUCAAUAGUGGCUACCUACAUUGACGAAUUCAGGCUAGGAACUUGGCUUAAAUCUCAAGGAUAACUCAUUUAAAUGCAAGGAAGGUGCUACUCCAUAAAAUUCUACCAUUUGGUGCAUUUGCGAAUAAAUUUAUGCCAACAGUAAAUACUGGAAUAAUUUAUGAAAUGCUGUAAACGACUUACAAAACUGCGUUAAAAAUGUAGUAGUUGCUCUAGGAGUUCUCAACACUCAACACUAAACACUUAACAGUUUGAUACGCGUUUCAACGCUCUGUCAUUAACAGUUUACAACUACUAAAAGUAACCAAAGGGCCAAAAAGUUACUUGCCAGAUUAAGCAAAGUACAACGUUCGGAAGCGGUCAAAACAUAAUUACCAAAAUGUUGCAAAACUCCAGUACAGCGACUUCAUCGUCGAUACAACCAAAGGUUGUUGUCAUACGACGACGUCCGAAUCAAGGUUUUGGUUUUACGCUGCGUCAUUUCAUUGCUUAUCCACCGGAAGAUGAUCCCUCUUGGCCACAGGAAGCAUCCGAUCCGUACCAAGUGAAAGCUAUGGAAACCAUUUUCAUAAAAGAAGUUCAACCGAAUGGUCCCGCUCACUAUGCCAACCUACAAACGGGUGAUCGCGUUCUAAUGGUAAACAAUACACCAAUUGCUGGUGUUGCCUACAGUACGAUCGUGUCCAUGAUCAAGCAAACGCCUUCGGUAUUAACAUUGCAUGUGGUGCCCAAGGAGUGCGAUGUGUUACAGAUGCAUUACACAAGCAUCGCUCAUACGCCAGAAUCCAAUCGUCUUACAGCGGUGCCAAAGCGUGCACCGUCACCAGUCACGGUUGGGAAUGGCAACGCUGCUGGUGCUUUAAUUCCAAUAGCUGCAGCUAAUGCAGCGAAAACAUUUCCACAACAGUUGAUCUCAUAUCCUCCACUAGGGCAAGGAAAUCGUUCCAAUAGCAUAACAAGUACAACAAGUAGCAGCAGUCUGCGUCCAUUGGCGAGUGGCAACAAUCUAGAAUAUGGUGAUAUGCAUAGUUCAUUAUUGAUGCGUGGCGAUGGCGGCUUUUUGCGUUCUCAACCUCCAUCUAAUCUAACAGUAUUAACCCGCCAACAACCGCUACAUAAGCAAUCACACCAUCAACUGCAACAACAUCCAACAAUUUAUGCUUCUAAUGCCAUUGAUACAAGUGAUUUAAUGAUACGUCUGCGUGAAUCCAUAAAACAAAAGGAAGAGUUCUUAAAAUCACCUUCUCCUCAUGCAUCGUCACUGGCACAGCAACAGCAACAGCAUUUCUUUCCGCAUACGCCACCUUCUGGAAGUCCACAAUUGUCGAUGGUGUCUACAUCAUCAACUUCGGGUGGUUCUUCAAGUCUAAGCGCAACACCUCGCGGACAGAUUCGAACUUUUCUAAAACAACCACUUUCUUCUUCUACAUCAUCUGCUUCAAGUACAAGAGAAUUGCUGCCUGCUAGCUGUGAUAUGCACAAUUUCUACAUUAAAAACGUAUCUGGAAAUUUUAUACCUAUAGAGAGUAUGCUAAAUCGCAAUAAUGGUGGUACGUCUGGUAGUGGUGCUAGUGGCAUUGGUAGUUUGCAUAAUGAAGUGAACAACUCCACUACUCUCACAACUGUUGGACGAGGUCAAAAACAACUUAACAGUGGUAUCAGUAGCAGUCUGAAUAGGUAUCGUAAGGAGUUGGAUUAUAUGGAAACAUUACAGGAGACUGGCGUCACCAAUAAAGUAUUUGAAAGUAAAUUAAACUCUCAUAUGGCAAAAGGAUUCGAUCCUUUCAAACCGCUGUCAAUUAACACAAAUGCAAUUGAGUCAAGUGCAGCACCUGGCAAUGUUAUUUUAAUGAAAAAGCCUGGCGUACUCUAUGAAUCAUUGCAGCAUCAUCCAUUGCAUCAAAUGCAAAUCCAGCAAUUGCAACAGACACAAUUACAACAACCAAAGAUGCAUCACUUGAGCAACAAUAACGGCCAGAGUGUUAGCGAGACCACUAAUAGCGGCAGCGUAGUCGAUGGACAACAUAUAAGUCGUAUGGAAAUACACAAAGCCAGUUUAGCUACAACCAUUGAACACACAUCGACACCCAAGUUUAAAAACAAAUUACCGGAAGCAAAGGAAAAACCGAAUACACUCGCUAACAUAGCGGAGAGCAACUGUAUUUCAAGUAUAAAAGCUGUUGCCGGAGAUGAACCUGUUGCUCAUGUCGGCACUGGUGCAGUUGUGCGCCGUUCAAAGCCAGUCUCCGCUCUAGAUGAUAAUAAGCCAAUGCGUCGCAUAUCAUAUUUACGUGCUACCAAUAAUGAAAAUGAUUAUCAGUCGGAUACAUCGUCUGCUAACACUUCAUUAUCGACUAGUGGUGUUGUUCCAGAGGCAGCUAAUGAACAAAUUGAGGAAGAUUCGGAUCCUACAUACGAUGUUGUUAGUGGAGAUUGCGAUGCUGUUGAAGAGAGUACUCCUUCUGAUGCAGAAAUUCAAGCGGUUGUUCCGGCAGAAAGUGGCAGUGGUAGUGUGAGUGCAUGUGCAAGUCGGAAAGGUAGUGCGAGUGCAAGUGUCGGUGGCGUCAGUUGUAGCAGACGUGCUUCUGUGAGCAGUGAAAUUAGAGAAAGUGUUCACAUUGAAAAUGUACCAUUAGAAUUAAAUGGAAAAACGGAAACAAAAGAUGUUUCGACAGAAAUGGAAAUCUUCGAAACUGAAAUGGAAAUUAAAUCAUCAUGUAUUUAUGGAAAGCGUUUAUCAGAGUAUCGAUCAUGGCGGCAGGUUAAAAUCGAAAUAAAAGGCGAUAUAUUAAAAAUAUAUCCGAGUCGAACAUCGAAAUCAGAUAAUAAUCUGAUAGAACUCGAUAUUAAAAAUUUUAAAAUCUUCGAUGAGUCUAUAGAUAAAAAGAAGUAUAUGUUUCGUAUGCAAUCAAAACCUGUGCAUUUAGCUACUUUGGGUAAUGACUUAAGCAUAGAUGAGAGUCCGGACAAACUCACAUCAACCAAAGCACAAAUGGAACAACAGCAAUAUACCGAAAUUCUAUUCAAAACGAAAAGUCAAACUGAAAUGAGACGAAUCUUUGGCUUACUACAAUGGAAAAAUAGUUUAAUAUAUGAUGAAAAUGAUCUUCAUGGCAAGCAACUAGCUGAGCCACAAAAGACAGCGGCUACUGCUAGUAUGCCAACUGCAACAUACUGUGAUGAUAACGUACAACAACCAGAAUAUUCUCCUUUAAGCUCAACGUCACGCAGUGAAGUGGAAGUAAUAGACUCUAUUUCACCAGUAAUGAAAACGCGCAAAUCAUCUUCAAAUAAAAAUGUACCCGAUAAAGAUUUGGGCUCACCAAAAUCAAAAAAUUGGAAAGAUUUACUCUUUAGAAGAGGUGGUCAUAGUGCAGAUAUAUCGCCUUCAAAUCUAGCAUCUACAUCGAAAACAACUGGCUCAAUUGGAGUUCCACUUAAGACGUGCCCAAUGUCCAAGAGCAACGAAUUUGUUCCGAAUAUUGUAGAGGUCUGUACAAAUAUUGUGGAAACUAAGGGUUUAGGAGUUGUUGGUAUUUAUCGUAUACCUGGCAAUAAGGCAGCUAUUUCAGAACUAUCUGAACAAGUAAAUAAAAACGACUUCUCCUGGGAUCGUUGCAAUACAGAUGUUAGGUGGGAGGACGUUAAUGUCGUAUCAAGCUUGUUGAAAUUGUUUAUACGCAGCCUACCAGACGCUUUGCUACCAAGUUCCUUUUACAAUAACUUCAUAGAGGCCGAUAAAAAAACUGGAUUACUCCGCUUGAAAGAGCUAAAAGACUUACUUGAAUCACUACCGCGUUAUUCGUAUGAAACAAUGAAACAUUUGAUACGACAUUUAAAUCGAGUAAGUAAAAAUUGUGAUGUAAAUUUAAUGGAACCAAAGAACUUGGCCAUUAUAUUUGGUCCGUCAAUAAUACGCACACCGAAUGAAACUCUCGAAAUAGCUGUUAAAGACAUGAAGCACCAAUGUCGCAUUGUAGAAUUGCUAGUAACUCAAUACGAGUACUUUUUCGAGAGUGGUACCACACCAGAUAUAGCAGACGUCAGUGGCAAUACACCAGCGACAAUAUCAACUGGUUCAUUAUCAAUUGGACAACAGUCACAAGAGGACCAAACAAAUAUGCUCCUGCACAACGUUUCAAAAAUAGAGCGAUUAACAGAGCGUGAAACUUCACGAACAUCUCGUUUUAUUCCACAACUGAGACGACGUACACAUAGUAAACGCAGUGCAGUCAGCUCGGACACAUAUUCUGGCGAAAGUGUAUUGGUAAGCGAUAAAUCUAAAACAUUCCAUACAUCCAAAACCACCACCAAUACCCAAACGAUCAUUUGCACAUCCACACCUAACAUCUCCACCAACACAAACCAAAAGCACACCAUAAACACCUAUCGACAACGUCGCAAAGCAGUGCCCACCAUUUAUGAUUUUGGGCUAACAUUGCGUCUACAUUUUCAGUCAUUGGAAUACUCUAAAAAUGCACAAACGACCAGCAGCAGUUCAACAAAUGUUAACACUGCCUCAUCAAGCAGCAGCAGCUCAACAAAUACCACUAGUAUAACGACUAAAAAGAAGGAACGCACCUUUUUGGGCCAUAGCUCACGUACUCAUCAUCGUAAGGCCAGUUUGGAUGAGAAGGAUUCAGGCAGCGGUAGUGGCAGUGGCGGAAGUAUAAGCAAAGAGAAACAACGAAGUAGUGUGGAUAUUUCCAUUUUGCUUACCGACGAUGAGUCAAGCAACAGUCGUAUCAGUGAUACAGGUUCUAUGUCACUAACAACAAUAACUGACACAUUAGACUCGAAACUACGAAAUCUGCGAAGUGGUUCUGAGUCAAAUGAUGAAAAUGGUUCACCAGAAUUUCCAAAAAAUCGGCGACACACUUUUGGACAACCUUUACAUUUACACUCUGAAAACAUUCCCUAUGCCGAUGAGUCUCCUGAAAGACAUUUUCACAACUCCUGCCCGUUAGAUGCACCAAACACACUUAUGUUAAGCAGAUCCUGUACUGCUACAAAUACAAUUAGUUCAAAACAUGCAAUCGAAAGUAUCAAGGAAAAGGAACUGCGACCUCCACUGACCAAUAUAACAGCUUAUAAAAGCAAUAAGUUACAGCAUUCAGCAACAGCACCUAUCCAUACAAAUAAUGGAGGUAGUUGUGCGAUACCUCCACCAACUGCGGCAUCCACCCCUACAGCAGUAGUCACAGUUAAAACGACUACUGCAAUUGGUACUCAAAGUGGAAAUACUGUAGCCCGCAACUCAAGCAUAAAUAAGAAUAUACGUUUCUCUUCAUCUGUAUACGAGCAAGUGGCUUCUGAGGAUGAUUCUGAGGGUUCAACUACUAGCGAUCCUAAAGAAUCACUUGUCAUAACAUCGCCCUCUUUUUUUCAAGAUCGAUACAAUAAAAAAAGACGUGAUCAUCGACUUUUUCGUUCUGCCUCAUUCAAUUGCCGUAAUUACUCCACAAGACAUGGGGGAGGAGGUGGAGGAAGUGGAGGAAUUGGCACACCAGUGUCAACAUUAACUAAAGAUGAAAAGACUGAUAUGAACUUAACAAAAAAGCGACAGAUACAAAAUAAACAAAAUCGUUCUAUUAAAAGGCGUCACACGGUAGGUGGGCCACAUGAUUACUCUGCAUCAAACGGUGGUAAUUCAAUGAGCGGAAGUAAUUGCAAUCAUCACUGCAAGAGUAAUAAUGGUACGGUUACGACAACAGUGCUCAGACGUAUACCAAUUCCAAGUGCAAACGGAAACAUAGCCAAUAAUAAUAAUAACAAUAACGCACAACAAAGCGAUGGUAGCAAUGGAAAUGGCAGUGCAGGUACCACAGUUUCUGUAGCUGGUGGUGCAGGUGAACAUGUUCUUGAAGUAGGCAUACGUAUUAAAAAUAUAAAUCGGGGUCGAUAUUGAAAGCAAAUUUUUGAUAAUUAUAUUAAAAACAAAAUCAAGCUAAAAUUAAAAGCGAAAGCAUAGAGAAAAGUGCUCGCUGACUUAUUGUUACAGAUAAUAGAGGAUUCCUGAUUCAAAAAAAAAAAGAAACUAGACGUGCCCAGACAGGAUUGUUACUUCUUUUAAUUUGAAUGAAGAGUAAUAAUAUAAAAUUAUAUAAAGCUUUAACAAAUAAUUAAUAUAUACCCCAUUUAAUAAAAUUCGGUGCAUUGAACUCAUGUAAUUAUGUAUGGUCAAAUUAGAAGAGGGACUGGAGUUUUAAUGAGAUGAAUAAAAAUAUAAACAAAUAAUUAAUUUUAAUUAACACCAAUUAAUUUUAAGCCGCGAAUAUGUAUUCUUUUCUUUCAAAUAGUUUUUGUUGUGCAAUAUAAUUAGAUUAGCAACAGAAAUGUUUGAAAACGAAGUUGAAACGAAUAUAUAUGUUUAUAUAUAUAAUUAUAUAGCAAAUAGCAAACAGCAAACAAAUUGUAAAUCUAAACGCACGCAUUUAGUAUUGUAGAAUUAGUAACAAAUAAUUAAAAUUAUUUAAAAAGAAAAAGAAGAACAUUUUUUGAAACCAAAAAUUAAGAACAUUUUGGCCACGCCAAGACACGAACUUAUAAAAUUCAUAUACGUUUGUUAAAACGAUUAACUUAAUAUGAAGUUAUAAGUAAAACGAUAUAAGGAUAAAGUAAAAAUUAUUUUUAUAUUGUACAUACGAAAAAAGUAUAUGAAAAUGU